UCUAAUUUAUCUACUUUGUGUGAAUGCAGAAGAUUGGAUGGCAAAAUCGUGAUUAUAACAGGCGGAGCCAGCGGGAUCGGAGCCGAAUCCGCUAGGCUGUUCGCUGACCACGGAGCUAAAGUGGUCAUGGUUGACGUGCAAGAAGAGCUAGGUCAAAACGUUGUCGUUUCAAUGGGUAGCGACAGAGCAAGUUUUUACCGUUGCGAUGUUUCGAACGAAACAGAGGUGGAGAACGCCGUUAAGUUCACCGUCGAAAAACACGGAAAGCUAGACGUUCUGUUUAGUAACGCCGGUGUCAUUCUGUUUAGCCAACCGGGCGUCGUGGAAACGCCGGCAAGCAUACUCGACUUGGAUCUCGAAAAGUUCGACCGAACAAUGGCGGUGAACGUUCGUGGAGCGGCUGUGUUUAUCAAACACGCGGCACGUGCCAUGGUGGAGAAAGGCACGCGUGGUUCCAUCGUUUGUACGACCAGCGUUACGGCGGAGGUUGGUGGUCAGGGAUCUCAUGAGUACACGGCGUCGAAGCAUGGGCUCGUUGGGCUGAUUAAAUCGGUUUGUGGCGAUUUAGGGACACACGGGAUAAGAAUAAACGGCGUCGCACCGUUUGCGGUAGCCACGGGGAUGACUAGCCACGACGAGGAGACGGCGAAGCAGGUUGAGGGGUAUUGCGAAGCUAAAGGGAUUCUUAAAGGUGUUGUGUUGAAGGCUCGUCACGUGGCAGAAGCUGCUCUGUUUCUUGCUUCUGAUGAUUCGGCUUAUAUCAGUGGUCAGAACGUAGCAGUGGAUGGUGGUUUUUGCGUCGUUAGGCCUAUUUGAAACUGUAUAUUCCCUCUGUUUCACAAAGAGUGUCAUUUUGACACAAUGCACACAAAUUAAGAAAAGAUAUAAUUAUACAUGUUUACUCCUAUUUAAUAA